AUGCAGACUAAACACUUCUUCUCGGAUCCAACGCACCUGGUCAACUCGGCUCUUCAUUCACUUACUCUGACCAACCCUUCUCUUGCCUUCGACAAACAGAACAAGAUCAUCUACCGUCGACCAUCAAAGGAUGCUGAGCCCAAAGUGUCCAUCAUCUCCGGUGGCGGUUCUGGCCACGAACCUGCUUUUGCCGGCUUUGUGGGCAAGGGGAUGCUAACGGCGUCCGUAGCAGGCACCAUCUUUGCCUCCCCGUCUGCUGAGCAGGUCAGGAGGGCACUGCUGCAGCGAGUCGAUGGCUCCAAGGGUGUCCUUGUCAUAGUCAUGAACUACACUGGUGAUGUGUUGAAUUUCGGACUCGCAGCUGAAAAGGGCAAUGCUGCUGGUAUCAAGACGGAGUUCUUUGCCAUCAGUGACGAUGUUGGUGUUGGACGUGGAAAGGGCGGAAAGGUCGGUAGGAGAGGGAUCGGGGGUGGUGUCAUGGUUCUGAAGAUCGUUGGAGCUCUGGCCGAGACUGGUGCGUCACUGGAAGAGGUCUAUGCUACUGCUCAGCUUGCCAACAGGAAUAUCGUCUCAGUUGGCUCGUCUCUCGAGCAUGUCCACGUCCCAGGUCGGAAUAUGCCAGACCCCAGCUCAGACGACUUGGUUCCCCAUGGCGAAAUCGAAGUCGGGAUGGGUAUCCAUAAUGAACCCGGCUCGCACCGUAUGAAAGGCACUGCGGAGGAACUGAUACAGACCAUGCUCAAACAGAUGCUUGACCAAAACGACAAGGAGCGAGCAUUCCUCAAGUACGACCACUCGGACCGGUUUGCCCUAUUCAUCAACAACCUAGGAGGCGUCAGCACGCUGGAGUUGUCAGCUCUCACUGCCGAAGUUGUCCUUCAGCUAGAGAGAGACUACAAAAUUAAGCCGGUCAGGACGAUCCAAGGGAUGUUCUUGACCAGUCUUAACGGCAUGGGUUUCAGUAUCUCCCUUCUCCGUCUUGCAGACACCGGGUUGGGAGCAGGUAGAUCAUUUCUUGAGCUACUAGACGCCCUCUCCGAGGCAGUUGGCUGGGCCGCUCCAAUACAAACCUCCACCUGGGAUGCCCGAAGGGACGAUCUCUUAGAGUCUGCGAACACUCCGCGUGCAGUCGAACAGCCCUCCAAUCUCAAACCUAACUAUACCACGCCAGUCGAUCCUGCUAUCUUCAAAAAAGUGCUCUCUUCGGGCCUUGAUCGCGUCAUCAAAGCUGAACCCCUUGUCACCCGCUACGACACCAUAGUCGGAGACGGGGACUGUGGCAUCGGGCUCCAGCGUGGUGCGGAAGCUAUCCUCAAGAAUAUCAACGACAACUCUACACCUCUAACCCCUGACAUCAUCACCACCCUCCACCGCAUCAUCGAGAUAGUGGAAAACACCAUGGACGGCACCAGCGGCGCCAUCUACGCCAUCUUCCUCAACGCACUCGCGCACGGCCUAAGUGAACAGGAUUCAUCUACACCAGUAGACGUGACCUCUAAAAUAUGGGCCAAUGCACUCCAACACUCCCUCAAGGCCUUGGCGAAAUACACACCUGCCCAACCUGGUGAUCGCACACUCAUGGAUGCCUUAUCGCCAUUCAUCAGCACCUUGGUUGAAACUAAUGAUAUAAAAAAGGCAGCAGAGGCAGCUAACCAGGGCGCUGAAUCUACAAAGAAGAUGAAAGCCAGCCUUGGAAGGGCAGUAUACGUCGGUGGUGAAGAGGAGUGGGUGGGCAAGGUGCCUGACCCUGGUGCAUAUGGCCUCAGUGAGUUCUUGAACGGUUUAGCCGACGGAAUAUAA